AUGUGGCGUAGGUCCGUCUUUCCCGACAAGCGCGUGCAGAGAGCGGACUCGAGAUGUCGGUGUCCACGACCUCGGGUGAACAAGUGGCUGACGGGGUGGAGUGGCCAGGGCCAGAAAGGAGCAGAGAAGCCAAUGGUUGUGGCCCACGUCAAGACUGAACGGGCGGGCCUUUGGGGACUGCAGGAGAGCCCGCGAAGUGAGGGUCUGAAGGGGACUGGACCGUCGAAGGGGGACGAGCAGCUGACUGAACUGGACAACUCAGAGAAUCAGAGUGCUGAGAAAGUGGACGAUUUGACCAGAGUAUAA